AAUUCAAAGCAUAUUGUGCAUCAUUAUACAUACAUAUACUAUAUUAGUAGAGAGAGCUGAUUAAGAGAGAGAGAGAGUGAAUAUAUACAUAAAUUUAAAAAAAAGAUGAUGGAUUGGGGGCCGGUGCUGAUAUCGGUGGUAUUGUUCGUGUUUUUUUCACCGGGACUGCUUUUCCAGGUUCCGGGGAGAUGCCGGCCUGUCGACUUCGGGAACUUUUGCACCAGCGCCCUCUCCAUUAUUGUACACUCUGUCCUCUUCGCCAUCUUCGAGAUCAUGCUCCUCUAUGUCCUCCACCUUCGUAUCUUCCCCAGCCACCAUUGAUAUAUAUAUAUAUAUAUAUAUAUAUAUAUAUAUAUAUAUAUAUAUAUAUAUAUAUAUAUAUAUAUAUAUAUAUAUAUAUAUAUAUAUAUAUAUAUAUAGAUUGUGUGUAAAAUUUUAUAUCUAUUCAUCUUUAUGAUUGUAUAGUAUGGAGUAGGUGUUUUACCUACCUUGUAAAAACAUUUCUAAAACAGUCUCUUUAUUUUCUUGUAUUAUUGUUGUGUUGUUAAUCCUCGUAUUUGUCUAUUUUGAUUUUUUCAAUCAAAUUUGAUAAAUUUU